GACACUCCUUGGCGACGCACUCGUAGCGCAUUGACGACGCAGUUCUCUGACAGCAUUUUCUUGUCAACAGCAGCUUUUGGACGGAGCACUCUGUCUUAACAAACCUAAAUAUGUCUAUAUUUACGCCAACAAACCAAAUACGACUGACAAAUGUGGCGGUGGUGCGGAUGAAGAAGGGAGGGAAGCGGUUUGAAAUCGCCUGCUACAAGAAUAAAGUUGUGAACUGGAGAGCGGGAGCAGAGAAAGACCUGGAUGAGGUUCUUCAGACGCACUCCGUCUUCGUUAAUGUGUCCAAAGGUCAGGUGGCUAAGAAGGAUGACUUGACCAAAUCUUUUGGGACAGAUGAUCUGACAGAAAUCUGUAAACAGAUCCUGGCCAAAGGAGAGCUCCAAGUGUCGGACAAGGAAAGGCAUUCUCAGCUGGAGACGAUGUUCAGGGACAUCGCGACUAUCGUGGCAGAGAAGUGUGUCAACCCUGAGACCAAGAGGCCGUAUACAGUCAAUCUCAUUGAGGCGGCGAUGAAGGACAUCCACUACUCUGUCAAGGCCAACAAGAGCACUAAGCAGCAGGCUCUGGAAGUGAUCCGGCAGCUGAAGGAGUCCAUGGAGAUCCAGAGGGCCUACAUGAGGCUGCGGCUGGUGCUGCCGGCCAAGGAGGCCAAGAGGCUGAAGGAGAAGCUGAAACCGCUCCUGCAGGUUGUGGAGAGCGAAGACUUUGAUGAGCAGCUGGAAAUGGUGUGUCUGGUGGAUCCCGGCUGCUUCAGGGAGAUCGAUGAGCUGAUCCGCUGUGAGACCAGAGGCCGAGGUUCUCUGGAGGUUCUCAGUCUGAAGGACGUGGAGGAGGGAGAGGAGAAAUUCUAGAAACCCCGACCAGUCAGGACUCUGCACCUUAUCCACACUAACUGCAAACUCAUUUAAGAGUCUAUAUUUUUGAUGAGGUUCAUGCUUAUCUCAGCUAUUCCCGUUUCUGAGUCCCUCUAUGAUUAAAGGAUUUGUUUAACGGGAAGGAAACAUUUGCCAGAUUUGAAUGCUGGAUGGAAUGUAUUUUUGAAAGUUAGUUUGAGCAUUUUUCAGUACCUCUACCAUUAACAGAACUUGUUUGCCUUCCAUCAGAUGGUGUGCCAUGUAGUCAUGCUGAAAUCCCAGUAUUACGGAUAAUUACUUCAAACUAAUAACUUAUAUUUUGUCAUAAUGAAUAAGCUUGCUAUGCAGCAAAUAAAUAUAUAACAAAAUA